GUACCCUCUCUCUGAAUAAUUUGAAGGAGAUCAAGAAGUAGCUAGGGAUGGAUAAGCUUUGGAAUUGAUGAAUUUUUAUGAUACUGAAAGAAAGGGGGGAGAGGGGUUACUUACAACUAUCACUAGCUAAUUGUUUAAUAUAGUAGUUGGAUGAAUGAUCAUAUAUAUUUAUGAUCAACUGGUGGAGGGCGCGCGGGGGUGUGUUGAUGAAGAUAUUCAUCCAAGCUGCGGCGUUGUUACUAGUGGUAGUGAUGAUGAUGGCCAAGGUGGCGGUAACCUCUUCCGGCUGGGGAGGAUCUCCACCGCCGAUGCCAUCCGCACCGAUAUUAUACAAUGUCCUUGACGACGACAUCAUGGGGUCUCCCGCACCCAGCCCUACUACUACUACUUGUAGUAGCCUCUUGAAGAAAUUCGAGCAGCCAGAUGAAACAUUGGUUGUGGGUAUUUCAGCCAUCGCAGACGCGGCGGACCACGACCGCCAUCACAAGGGAUCUCCGUCACCCAGCCCCAGCCCGACGGCACAACACGAAGACGACGAUGCUACGACGUCGACGUUAAUGGCCAUUUCCGCGAUCCAAGAUGUGGCGGGGACAAUUGGCCAAAAGGGUUGGUCGCCGGCACCUACCCCAAGCCCAACCACAUCCACAUCCACCAUGUCACGGAUAUUGGUGAUUUCCGCCAUCCAAGAUGUGGCGGGUCGGUCACCGGCACCUAGCCCAAGCCCAACCGCAUCCACGUCCGCCGCCGCACAGAUAUUGGUGAUUUCCGCCAUCCGAGAUGUGGCGGAGGAACACGGCAAGUCUCCAGCACCAAGCCCAAUCCCAAGCCCAACGACCUCCUCCACCAUGGAUCAAAUUCAAAAUCUAUUGCUCAUUUCAGCUAUCCAAGAUGAUGACCACCACCGCCAUGGGGGUUCUCCGGCACCUAGCCCAUCAUCAAUGUUAAUGACGACGUCGGACAUUAAGAUUUCCGAUACCAAACAACAACAAGGACAUCAUGAUGUGGCCCACAGGAAGGGAUCGCUUCUUAGCCGCCCAACCAUGGCAUCCAGUAGUGGUAGUAGUAAUAAUGAUCAUGAUGCAGAAGCAGCAGCAUCAAAGAACCCUCCGGCACCUACCCCUUAUGCUACUUAUCCUCCUCCACCACCACCGUCACUCAACAGUAAUAUCACCACCACCUCUCCUCCUCCUGGUCCUGCUCCGGCUGCUGCUGUUAUUGAAACCAAACUGAAGGUAAUUUUCAAAAAUGAAGCCGCAUCACCACCUGCUGCAGACUUCCUUCUUCCACCUCCACUCAUGCCGGUGGCUCCCAUCCCCAUCACCAUCACGUCUCCUUCUUCCACCACUUCUAGUUCUACUACUACUGCAUCCCUUCCCUCUCUGCUCCUCUGGCCGCCGUUGCCUUUGGUUUCUUUUUUCUUGGUUUUUGCUUGGAGGUUUUAGGGGGUUAAUCCCCCCAAACUAACACUCGGCCAACAACCCACCAACAAACAAAGGAGGCGGCCAGGUGUUCUCAGAACGGAUCGCACACUAUACUAGCUAGCUAGCUAAGCAUAGCAUACCGAUUUUGCCUCGCUUUCAUUUGUUUUGGGGACACAUUUCUCGCGGAGACUCAGUUUGAGUCAUAUCGGUAGCACAGGGGAGGGGACAACCAAAUUUUGAGGUUUUGGCAGCUUCCAUUGGAUUCACGGUCACCAAAAAGAUCGUGAGAGGUUAGACUUUGGAUCAAUUCGCCAGCUAGUAUCCUCGCACAUCCACAUUUUGUAUCAUCACUCUUGUAAAUUACUUAAAAUCCACUCUCUUUAUUUAGAUUGCGCUAUCUCUUGGAAAUGUAAAAAUAUAUGAUGGAAUUUGAAAAAUUUAUUGUAAUUGAAAUUUUCUGGAAAAAAAAAAUACACGUAUCUGUUUCGAGGUUCAACAUUGAUCCGUUUAACCAUCACAGACUAUCAGAGUUUUGCUUCAUAAUUGUUUCUUAUGUGAAAACAAUGUUUCGAUUCGUUUCUCUACCCUUUUUUUCCCCUCAAAAUUUAUAAUUUCUUUCUUCCCCGUCUGAAGUGAAGGUGUAAGUAGAAUAUAAUCAAACUAAGCA